AAUGCUUGAUUCGUUGUUGACUUGUUGUUAGGUGUUCCAACGUACAGCGCCAUUGUCAUUGCUCUAGCUAGCUUGGUUCUUGCCCUUUUGUCGUAGAAGCAUGGCCGGCGCCGAUGAAGGAGACGCCGGCGCCGGCUUCUACAGCGACUUCAUGGUGCUGCGACCGGACAAAGGCGGGUUAUACGACAUCUUCCAUCUCCUCUUCUCGUGCAAGGUGUCGGAGAACGCGGCCGUGGACUGUCCCGCCGGCACGGAGAUCGCCGACUGGCGGCGGCGGUGGGCGGUGUUCGUCUCGCUGGUGGCGCAGGUGCUGCUGCUGUGGGCGAAGAAACCGGUGGCGCUGCUCGGGAGGGUGACCGAGUACUGGAUGAACCUCCUCGACGAGAAUGGCGGCGCCGUCCUCGCGCUCGUCGUCAGAGCUCUGCAAGGAAAGUUGAAAUUUCCGGACAGAUCAUGCCCCACUUACCGCUCCUGCGUAGGACUACUCGACACUAGAGUUGAACUAGACAAGGAAAUUAAGCAUGGUGAUAGCAACUACCACGCUGCUCUAUCGAUCAUGGCUGCCAAGCUAGCCUACGAGAACGAGCUCGUAAUAAAAAAUGUUGUUGAGGAACAUUGGAAGAUGAAAUUAUUGGCGUGCUACAACUGCUGGAAUGAUUUCCAAGGGGACUACACGACGCAGGCGUUCGUGCUCGCCGACAGGGCGGCCGACGCGAGCCUCGCCGUGGUGGCGUUCAGCGGCACGAGGCCGUUCGUCACGGAGCAGUGGUGCGCGGACGUGGACUUCUCGUGGUACGAGAUCCCCGGCGUGGGCAAGAUCCACGGCGGCUUCAUGAAGGCGCUCGGGCUGCAGAGGCACGGCGGCUGGCCGACGGACCUCGCCGACCAGGACGCUCGGAGGCCGUUCGCCUACUACGCCAUCCGCGAGACGCUGCGGAGCUUCCUGUCCGGGAACGCCGACGCCAGGUUCGUCGUGGCGGGGCACAGCCUCGGCGGCGCGCUCGCCGUGCUGUUCCCGGCCAUCCUGGCGCUGCACCGGGAGGAGGGCGUGCUGGCCCGGCUGGAGGGGGUGUACACGUUCAGGCAGCCUCGCGUCGGGGACGAGAGGCUCGGGAGGUUCAUGGGCAGGUACCUGGACAAGCCCAGCAGGUACUUCAGGUUCGUGUACUGCAACGACAUCGUGCCCAGGGUGCCGUACGACGACUCGGCGCUGCAGUUCAGGCACCUCGGCACCUGCCUCUACUUCGACAGCCUCUACCAAGGACGGGUGACGCAGGAGGAGCCAAACAAGAACUACUUCUCGCUGCUGACGGUGGCGCCCAAGGUGGUGAACGCGGCGUGGGAGCUCGUCCGGAGCUUCCUCAUCGGCUACGUCGCCGGGCCGGAGUACGCCGAGGGGUGGCUGAUGCGGCUCGCCAGGGUCGCCGGGCUCCUGCUGCCGGGGCUGCCCCCGCACUCGCCGCGGGAUUACGUCAACUCCACCAGGCUCGGAGCCCACUCGCUCGGGACGCCGGGCCUGUUUAGUUUGAAAAAAAAUUUCUACAGUACCCAUCACAUCGAAUAUUUGGACAUAUGUAUGAAGCAUUAAAUACAGUUGAAAAAAUAAUUAAUUACACAGUCUAACUGAUUACUUUUAAGCUUAA